AUGGCAUCUCUGGGUGAGAAUGCAAAGGAUGCCGCAGUUUGGCCAUGGAGCGCUCCACAGGAAGAUGUGGUGUUGGCCCUGAAAAGGGCUAUGGGGCGGACUUGGCAGGAUGGCUGUCUUAUAGGCUCGCUGCGACUUUUGAACAAGAGCUGGAAGUCCACAGUGGACAGCGAUGUAACCUGCCUUUCGCCCAAGCCUGCCAUCAUAUCGGUGGAGGAUAUUUGUGUCUCCAUAAGUAGAUCUUUCAGAUUUCUCAAACAGCUGGACUUGUCGAAUCUUGCAAAAUUCUGCGAUGGGGCACUGGGGGAGAUGGUUUGGUCAACCAGCAGUGAAGCUCUGUCAAUAGAAUUUUCCUACGUGGUUUCUCACAAAAUUAUGGGCUGCAUAGCCUGCCUUACCCAGCUGGAAGCCUUGGACCUUUCAUGCUGCUGGCUGCGCGAUGGGAUUGGGCAGCUGGCCGGUAUGCAGAACUUGAGGAGUUUGGUGUUAUCCGACUGCACUGGCAUGGCAACCAACCGCCUGGCUGAAUUGCACACCUUGCAGAACCUGACAAGCCUUGACCUCACAGACAGCAAGGUUGUGGAUGACUGCGACCUGAAAAGCAUCGGCGCCUUUGGAGCGCUUCAAGAGUUGAUACUGGAUGGGUGCUCACAGAUCACAGACGACGGCUUGAGGCAUCUGGCGCUCUUGCCCUCUCUAAGGACCUUGAAGCUGGCGUGUUGUUUUCACCUCACGGACAGGUGCCUUGAUUCGCUUUCUGGCCUGACCCGGCUCCAAGAGCUUGACCUUGCAGAAUGCUGGGGAAUAGCAGAUGAUGGCCUGCCCUUGGUCUCAACCCUGGUAUCCUUGACAGCCCUCAACCUGAGUGGAUGCACAUCGGUGUCAGACCAAGGUGUUGUGGGGCUGGCACCCCUGACAACCCUUAAAACCUUUAAGGUGAACGACUGUAUAUGCAUCGGGAACGCCAGCCUGGCGUGCCUGGCGUAUUUUCCUUCCCUGACGAGGCUUGAAGCUGCCCACUGCGACAGGAUCAGCGAUGCGGGUGUAGCAGCCCUUAGCAGCCUUGGGUGUUUGUCGAAUCUGGACCUGAGCGGGUGCUGUCAGAUAUCGGACCACGGGCUGAAGGCCAUGUCUUCGCUGACGUCAUUGCAGCGCGUGGCUCUCAACGGCUGCAGGGGCAUUACGAACAGGGGCGUCGCAGUUCUCGUGGCCUUGAGUUCUCUCAGACAGCUGGAGGUGGGCGGCUGUGUUGGUGUUGAUAGCGGGGGCGUCACUGUCAUGGGUGGGUGUGAAGGGUUCGUGCAGGGCCACUGA